ACAGCUGUGCAUGCAGCAGUAGCAGCAUCAUGUGGGAGUAGGCUGGGCGGGGAAAAGCCACUUCAUGUGACGUCAGUACAGAAACAGUUCAGCCAGUUUGGAGAGGAGGAAGCAGGACUUCUCUGUGUACCGAAACCUGGACGUCCACGCAGAAGACACCCCCCGGCUCCUGCAGGAAGCACCAGCCGAGCCGGAUACUCAAACCCAGCCCCCGCCCCAGCAGUUGCCGCCGUUCCGCGGUCACUUCACGCGACUUGCAUUUAGCGGCAGAAACACCGGAUACGAGCUCUGCUGCCGGGACCGAGACUUCCGUUAAGAAGCACGGCGGGGGAAAAUCGUUCCAGUCGAUAUUUCUAGAGGCUGGCAUGUAGCAGCCCCGUGUGCAGGCUGCAGGGCUCUCUGUAAUGAAGAGGCAAGCCAAGAAGGUGCUGGAGGAGGAGGCGGUCUUGUGCUGCUGCGAAUACAUGAACAGACAUGGACAGCGCAGCCAUGUAGCAGCCUGCUGCUGUGACUGUGAGGACCUGGAUGACGCCUGUGACAGGUUUCUGAAGAGGGAACCUCAGAAGCCUGAAUCCCUGUCACAGGUGGCUGCAGUCGUCACAGAUCGGAUUCGUGUGCCGUGGCUGUGGGGUGGAGCUCGCAAGGUGGACCUGUCCAUCAUUCCUCCUCUUCUUCUCCUUCCUGCCCUGCUGCACCUUGCUGCUCUCCACUUCCUGAUUGGGAUGGUGGUUCUGACAGCUCUGCCGGGCUUAGUGCUGUGGUACUACUAUUUCACCCACCGUAAGAAAGGACGGACCCUCUUCUUCCUCAGCCUGGCCCUUUUCUCCUUGGCGUACAUGUACUACUUGUUCAUCACUGAGGUGUUUCCACGUGGGGAUUUUGGACUGCUUCAGCUAGCGCUGGUAAGCGUCGGGGUUGUCCUCACCCUGCUGGCUCUUUUCCACACCAAGAGAGAUCCGGGCAUCCUGCACCCAAACGAAGAGUCCGUUCACAGCAAGGUGGUGUAUUACAGCUCCCCCACAGGCAGAAACCCUUCCCUCAGUGGUGGGAGGCAGGAUGUGACGAUGACUGUAGCCAACCGGGCUGGGGUGUCGGAGCAUGCGGAGGAGGAAAUGAAGGAAAGCAACCGAAAGAACUGGUGUCAGGCAUGCAGGAUGGUGCGGCCCCCCAGGGCGGGGCAUUGUCGCAUCUGUGGUGUCUGCGUGCUGCGUCUCGACCACCACUGUGUCUGGAUAAACAGCUGUGUGGGGCAGGCCAAUCACCGCAGCUUUCUGCUCACGCUCGUCCUCUUCCUGUUGACGUCCCUGUACGGAAUCAGCCUGGUGCUACAGAGUGUGUGUCCACGGCAAAAUCUCCUCUUCGCCUUACUCUACUGCCCAGGAGUCUACAACCAGUACAGCACUGCUCUUUGCUUCACCUGUGCGUGGUACAGCAGCAUCGUGACGGGCGGGUUGCUUCACCUGCUGGCGAUACAGCUCAUCAACGUCAGCUACAACGUGACCGAGCGCGAAGCCCGCAUCGCCCUGCGAGAGAAAACCGCUCGCAGCGCCUACUGGGGACUCGUCGUGAACACUGGCGCCUAUUCCCGAGGUUUCCGUGGCAACUGGUCUGAGUUCAUGAGCAUGGGAGACAAAGUGAUUCCCCCCUCUCCCACUGACUUGGUGUGAGAGACUUGUGAUGCAAUGCUGUUUAAAGUUUGGGAAUUGUGGCUGCUGGUGUGUUAGUGUCCACUGGAUGGCAGCAUGACUCCUUUUAACUGAUUGGACGUGCUGCUGGCAGCAAACCUCAGAGCUGCUACGUUUUUAACGUGCAACAUAUGGAGUUGCACUGACUUUGACACUUAGCAAUAACAACUACUCACGCCCAUAAGAUGCACAUACUGCCAUAAAUGUGAAGGACAUGCAGGAUCUCCUCUAUGCAGCUGGUCAUAUACGUCACCUCUGCCAAACAAAUAUUACUAGUCCUUCACGCUGGAUGUCUUCCUUGACUUGAAGGCUGACCUUAUGUCUCCCCUCCUUCGUAGUGCCUUGAUGCGAGACAAUAACUCCAAUCUGCUGAUCCUGGUGGGGACAUUUUGUCUGAACACAGCACAAGAUGAUGCCUCUGAGUGCACAGAUAGGAUAUUCAAGGAGGCUCUCUAGGGCUCACUAUAACCUUUUCAUCAUUCACAAACAGACUGCACUUGACCUUACUUGGCCUUGUGAAACGAAUUCAUGGAUAUUUAUCACAACUAAUUGAAACAUUUUAGCACAGGCCAGAUAGGCCAGCUAAUUUGAAGUUCCACAGCAGCUGAUUGCUUAGUUAUUACCACACGGUUACUUUGACUCUUUUAAUCCGUUUCAAAACUGACUCAGAAAUGGAACAACUCUUAGAUAAAUGGAAAACGCAAAUGAAUCAAUAUGUUUUGGCAUCAGUUAGAAAUGAGUUUUUCACUGCUUUUGGUUCUCACAGGCAUUAAAGGGGUUUUUUUGGGGGGUUUUUUGUUUGUUUUUUGUAUUCCAAUAAUUGCUCUGGUUGAUUUAUGUGUUUCUGUGAAAAUAUUUUAUAAAAUAAAUGUAAGAAGUGUGCAGUGUGUCA